GAAGUGCCCUGAAUGCACCAUUUCUUCACCCUCCAUAAGCGGUGAAAAACGACACCCGCAUAUCAGGGCGCGUGUGCAGGACUGCAAGUUUCAUAACUUCCGCGGAUUAAAGAAACAAAAACACGCGCACAGCGCCCUUGAGCCCUCAUUCUGCUCGACUUCGCACAGCACGCGGCAUAAACCAUGACGGGACGCGACCGAGUGGCGCAUCUGAUGAGACAGCUCGCGAGUGCAGCAUGUCGUUGUCCUGCUCACUCCCACACCUUCCACCAGGGCACUGGGCAAGCAACAUGUACAGCUCGGACCACUGACUAUGCAUUUGAGAUGGCUAGCUCAAACAUACGAUAUGGAGAAGGGGUCACUCGAGAGAUCGGCAUGGACCUGGUGAACAUGAGCGCGCGGAAGGUGUGUGUGAUGACGGAUAAGAACCUGUCUCGUCUUCCUCCGGUCAAAGCUGUGCUCGACUCACUCGCCCACAACGGAGUCCCGUACCUCUGCUACGACAACGUGCGCGUGGAGCCCACAGACACCAGUUUUAAGGAGGCCAUAGACUUUGCUAAGAAGGAGAAUUUUGACGUGUUUGUGGCAGUGGGCGGGGGCUCAGUGAUUGACACCUGCAAGGCAGCCAAUCUCUACACUUGUUACCCUGAAGCGGAUUUCCUGGACUUUGUCAAUGCCCCCAUUGGGAAAGGAAAGCCAAUCACACGGCCCCUGAAGCCACUCAUCGCAGUCCCCACCACAGCAGGUACAGGCAGUGAAACAACUGGAGUGGCUAUCUUUGACUACGAACCUCUCAAGGCCAAAACAGGUAUUGCCAAUCGUGCGCUGCGCCCGGUGUUGGGGAUUGUGGACCCCCUGCACACACUCCACAUGCCCUCCAGGGUGGCAGCCAACUCGGGCUUUGAUGUCCUCUGUCAUGCUCUAGAGUCCUACACUGCGCUGCCCUACUCUGAUAGGAGCCCGUGCCCGCCCACCCCUCUUCAUCGUCCCGCCUACCAGGGGAGUAAUCCAAUCAGCGACGUGUGGGCCAGACACGCCCUCAACAUCGUGGCCCAGUACAUGAAGCGGGCGGUGCGGGACCCAGGGGACAUUGAGGCACGCGCUAGUAUGCACCUGGCCAGUGUGUUUGCCGGGAUUGGCUUUGGCAACGCAGGAGUUCACCUCUGUCAUGGCAUGUCCUAUCCUAUAGCUGGGAACGUGAAGACCUACAGAGCCAAAGAAUACAGCGUUGACCAUCCUGUUGUACCUCAUGGUCUGUCGGUGGUGGUGACGUCUCCAGCGGUGUUCUCCUUCACUGCCAGCAUGUGUCCAGAUCGCCACCUGGAGGCGGCUCAGAUACUGGGAGCUGAUAUCAGUAACGUGAAGCGGGCUGAUGCCGGCUCUAUUCUGGCUGACACUCUCAGGAGCUUCCUGUUUGACUUGCAGGUUGAUGAUGGAUUGUCGGCGCUUGGAUACAACAAAGAUGACAUCCCUGCUCUCGUCAAAGGCACUCUACCUCAGGAGCGGGUCACUAAACUGUCUCCCAGGCCUCACACAGAAGAAGACCUGACUGAACUCUUCACUGCAUCCAUGAAGCUCUACUAACACACACACACACACACACAUAUUGACAGUCAUACACACACUCUCUCACAUGCACACACACACACUCUAAAGUACUAGUAUCUAUUAACCUUCAUUAAGAACCUUGUCACAUUGUACACCGCGGUAGUGUAGUGGUUAAGGAGCUGGGCUAGCGUGCAGUAGCCUGAAAGUUGUGGGUUCAAUUCCUGGCUUCCACCGUUGUGCCCUUGAGCAAGGCACUUAACCCCAAGUUGCUCCAGGGACAAUGUAAUCCCUUGUAAUAUAGUUGACAUAUGUAAGUCGCUUUGGCUAAAAAAAAUGCGUCAGCCAAAUGUAAUGUAAUGUAAUUUUAGUUCUUAAUGAACAUUUUUCUUUUGCUUUAUUAAUCAAUCUCAGAUUUUUAAAAAAUAAAGAAAAAAGACUCU